AUGGCCACAGAAAAAGACGACAAGUCUCUGUCCAUCAGGGACGCACGAGUACAUGCAACCCUGGGUUUUGCUGCACUUCGAGAUGCUAACCUCGUCCAUGAAUUUGCGGAUAUAAUCCGACAGGAGUAUCUAGCAAUUGGAUUCCGUCUCGCCUUGCAUCCACAAGUAGACCUAGCUAUCGAGCCACGCUGGGCGCGUAUCUCUAGCGGAUUCGGCGAGGACGCCAAUAUGACUAGUCAGCUCGCGGCAUCCUAUAUCAAAGGACUCCAAGAUAAACCAUUGGGGCCUCAGUCAACAUCAGCCAUGACCAAGCAUUUUCCUGGCGGUGGUCCUCAGAAGGACGGAGAAGAUUCCCACUUUACCUACGGCAGAGAACAGAUAUAUGAUGGGGAUAAUAUGUAUUGCUGCGGCCUGGAACACUUAUCACGGGCUGGCCGUAUCAAGAGACUUUUAGAAGGUGGUUGCGAUAUGAUAUGCGGCAAAUCGUGUCCGGAAUUGAUCGUCCAACUGGUACAGGAAGGACUGGUUCCUGAAUCACGAAUCGACAUUUCUGUCAAGCUGGUAUUGCGAGAAAAGUUGAUCUUAGGGCUCUUUGAUAAUCCAUUCGUGGAUGUGGAUCCAGCCGCAGAAGUUAACGAGAACGACAUCCUUCCCUUGCGAGAUAUAAAGGGUAAAGCGGUUUAUCUAGAAGGUUUUGAGCAUGCAAUAGUCGAGGCGAGAGGAUACAUUGUUGUUGGCAAACUGGAAGAUGCUGAAAUCGCUUUUCUACGAUUGAAAGCGCCUUACGAGCCUCGCCCUGGAGGAUUCGAAGAGCAUUUCCACGCAGGGUCCCUUGAAUUCUCAUCUGAAGAAAAACCACGGCAGGCUGCAAUAUUCAAAGCCAUCCCUAUAGUCAUUACUGAUCUUUAUCUUGAUCGUCCGGCAGCCAUUCCGGAAAUAACUGAAGCCGCGUCCGUCCUCCUCGUCAGUUACGGUAGUACCUCAGAGGCUUUUCUGAACGUUGUUACAGGUAAUUCGGAACCUACGGGGCUUUUGUUUUUUGAGUUGCCGUCUUCUAGGGACGCAGUGAGGAUUUCUCGUUCGGAUGUUCCCUAUGAUACCAAGGAUCCCUUUUUCAGUUCGGAGACGGAUUGCGCUAUACAAGGACAUGAUAUCGAAAUUAUAUAA